AUGGCCGAGACAGCGCCAGCACAGGCCGCCGUGCCCGUCACCGGCGCGCCAACCACUUCUGCUCCUACGAACGGAACCACGACGGUCUCCGCCAAUGCGCAUGCGGAGCAAACCACGGCGAACCGAGGCCUGCCGUACUACGAGAAACUCCGACGGGAUCUUCGCGACACGAUACACAAGAAGCGUCUAAUGGAUAAGAGCAUGGCUCAACUCGAAGACCAGAUUUUCCGAUUUGAACAGAACUAUCUGGAGGAGACCACGGCGGGAAACAUUAUUAGGGGGUUCGACAACUAUAUCAAAGGUUCUUCAAGUGGAUCGAGUCUCGGGGCAUCGGGGCUCAGUCUGGGAUCAGGUGCUGGAGCCCGACGAAAGGCACAGGUCACUGAGUCAGAUCGGGUAUUCUCCCGGAGCUCGGCAAGCUUUAGAUUGGAUUCCCCCGGUCCUUCUUCCGCCCAAACUACACCCUCUCACGCAGCAACACCAACAUCGACAGCCGGCGGAAAUGCGCCGUCGAACAAGAGCAACGUCGGAGAUUCAGGGACAGCCUCCAAAGCUAGCGGCGGUGGAGGUGGUGGCGGCUCUUCCAAAAAUAAGAAAAAGUCCAGCGGCGGAUCCAAGAACACCAAGGGGAAAAAUCAAACAGAGGAUCUCUCAGAUGAUGCAGAUUCCAAACCACCCGUCAAACGCUUGAAGAUCAGUUAUGGACGAGACUAG